GGCCUCCGAGAAGCCUAAGGGCAGCCUUGGGCAGCUCCCCAGAGGCUCUCGCGGUGAUAAAACUUGAGAAAAAAACGAGAAGGGGCGGCUCGGCGUCUCCCGAGUCCAAUCCUGUCUCAGGAGUGAAAACGCUCUUGGGCAGGCAAGCCUGAAAAAGGCCCGGGCGACGUAACGAGCAGCUGAAAGAAGCGCACCUCCCCGUCGCUGCACCUCGGCGGGCUCUGGUCUCUUACGUCCCGCCCGGUGUCUGCGUCCUCCUCUCCGGCCCCGCGCCCGGAUGGCCGCCGCCGGGCCCCGGAGCUCCCUGCGCGGAGCCCUCUGCAGGCAGCUACUGCUGACCCUUGUGGUCUUCAGUUUUGCUUGUGAAGCUUGCAAAAAGGUGAUAUUUCAUAUACCUUCCAAACUAGAGGCAGACAAAGUUGUUGGCAGAGUUAAUUUGAAAGAGUGCCUCGGAUCUGCAGACCACAUCCAAUCCAGUGAUCCUGAUUUCAGAGUUCUAGAAGAUGGGUCAGUAUACACAGCCCAUGCUGUUGUGUUGUCUGAUGAGAAAAGAUCUUUCACCAUAUGGCUUUCUGACUUAAAGAAACAGACACAGAAAGAGAUUCCUGUGCUCCUGGAACAUCAGAAGAAGGUACUGAGGAAGAGACACACUAAAGAGACUGUUCUCAGGCGUUCCAAGAGGAGAUGGGCACCUAUCCCCUGCUCAAUGCAAGAGAAUUCCUUGGGCCCUUUCCCUUUGUUCCUUCAACAAGUUCAAUCUGACGCGGCACAGAACUAUACCGUCUUCUACUCAAUAAGUGGGCGUGGAGUUGACCAAGAACCUUUAAAUCUGUUUUACAUAUCUAAAACCACUGGAAAUCUGUAUUGUACCCGGCCUGUGGAUCGUGAAGAAUAUGAUGUUUUUGAUCUGAUUGCCCAUGUGUCAACUACAGAUGGGUAUUCUGCAGACUUACCUCUUCCACUUCCCAUCAGAGUGGAGGAUGAAAAUGACAACCACCCUAUUUUCACAAAAGGAAUUUAUAAUUUUGAAGUUCCAGAAAGCAGUAAAAUUGGUACUACAGUGGGAGUGGUUUAUGCCACGGACAGAGAUGAACCAGACACGAUGCAUACGCGCCUGAAGUAUAGCAUUUUAGAACAGACGCCAAGAUCACCUGGGACCUUUUCUGUGCAUCCCGGCACAGGUGUAAUCACCAUAAUCUCUCAUUAUUUGGACAGAGAGGUUGUAGACAAGUACUCAUUGAUAAUGAAAGUACAAGACAUGGAUGGUCAAUUUUUUGGAUUGAUGAAUACAGCAACUUGCAUCAUAACAGUAAAAGAUUUAAAUGACAAUGUACCCACUUUCAGACGAAAUGCUUAUGAAACAUCAGUAGAGGAAAAUGCGUUCAAUGUGGAAAUCUUACGAACACCUAUACAAGAUAAGGAUUUAAUUAACACUUCCAGUUGGAGAGCCAUUUUUACUAUUUUAAAGGGCAAUGAAAAUGGACAUUUCAAAAUCAUUACAGACAAAGAAACUAAUGAAGGUGUUCUCUAUGUUGUAAAGCCACUGAAUUACGAAGAAAACCGUCAAGUGGUCCUGGAAAUUGGAGUAGGCAAUGAAGCUCCAUUUACUGGAGAUGUGACACUCAGAAUGAAAAAAGCCACAGUCACAGUUCAUGUGAAGGAUCAGGACGAAGGGCCUGAAUGCAAACCUGCGGUCCAAUAUAUACAGAUUAAAGAAAACUCCCCAGUGGGUUCAAAGAUCAAUGGAUAUAAGGCAACUGACCCUGAAAAUAGAAGUAGCAGUGGUUUAAGGUACAAAUUAUUGCAUGACCCGAAAGGGUGGAUCACCAUUAAUGAAAUUUCGGGCUCAUUCGAAACUUCCAAAAUCUUAGACAGGGAGGCUGCAACUCCCAGAAAUGCCAUGUAUAAUGUUACAGUCCUGGCAAUAGAUCAAGAUAGUAGAUCAUGUACUGGAAUGCUUUCAGUUAGCAUUGAAGAUGAGAAUGAUAAUCCACCAGAAAUACUUCAAAAUUAUAUAGUAAUUUGCAAAUCAGAGACGGAGUAUGUUGACAUUUCAGCUGUUGAUCCUGACGAGCCCAUCCACGGCCCUCCAUUUUCCUUCAGCUUGGCAAAAACUUCUCCAGAAAUCGACAGACUAUGGACCCUCACCAGAUUUAAUGAUACAGCUGCCCAUCUUUUAUAUGAGAAAAAUGCCAAAUUUCAAGAAUAUAAUAUUCCUAUAACUGUAACAGAUACAGAAGGUCAUUCUGCGACAAAAUCCUUGAGAGUGAACCUCUGUGAUUGUAUUCGUCCAGUUCAAUGUCGCACGAUUUCGAGGAGUGCACGAGUGAUACUUGGCAAAUGGGCGAUCCUUGUGAUACUUCUGGGUAUAGCAUUGCUUUUCUCUAUGUUGAUAACUGUAGUAUGGACAUUUGUUAGUGCCAGAAAUAAAAAAAGUUUUCGUGAAGAUUUGGCACAGCAAAACUUAAUCAUCUCAAACACAGAAGCACCUGGAGAUGAUAUAGUGUGUUCUGCCAGUGGGCUUACGACCCAUAUGGUCAACAACUCUAGCCAAGGCUUUUGUGGUUCUAUGGGAUCAGAAGUCAAAAAUGGCAGGCAGGAAACCAUUGAAAUGAUAAAAGGAGGAAACCAGACCUUGGAAUUGUUCCAAGGGGCCGGGUAUCCUCAUACCCUGGAUUCCCGCAGAGGAGGCACCAUGGAGAUGGACCAUUCGGAGUGGUACGAAUUCACUCUGCCCCACCUUGUUGAAAAAUUGCAUCUAUGUAAUCAGGAUGAAGACCACAUGCCAUCUCAAGACUAUAUUAUUACGUAUAACUAUGAAGGAAGAGGGUCUCCAGCUCGUUCUGUAGGUUGCUGCAGUGAAAAACAGGAAGAAGAUGGCCUUGACUUUUUAAAUAAUUUGGAAACCAAAUUUACUGCCUUAGCAGAAACAUGCACAAAGAAAUAAUGUUACAGUGCUACAAUUAGACAUAUCUUUAUCAGGCAUUCUGGAGGUUUCUGAAAGGGAUAUUGUAAAAUUUAAUUUAUAUCUAGAUAUCUAGAUAUCUAUGAAUAUGAAUAUAUAUGAAUUUUUCUAAAAUUUUUGAAUUAUGCUACGUAACAAUUUGUACUUUAAAACAGUUUGUUACUUAUCUUUUCAGGAAGUUUAAAAUGUUAAAACAGAUUUUGCCUCUUUUACUGCUGAGUAAAUAGACAACCAGCAAAUCUCAUGCUAUAGCACUGGAAUUAGGUCUAUAAAGGACCUCCUCUUCUUUUCAUAUAUUUUUCCAAUAAAUACAUUGGCUAAAUAUUAGUCCAACAAUAGAAGCUGUAUUUGACUGACUAUAGCAGAACAGCUCUGUGGGCUAAAAAUUCCAUUCUUAUUCCAGAUUUAGAUUAAAAGUAGAAUAUUAAUCAUUAUGGUAAAUUAUGUUGGAUUUUUUUAGCUCUAAAAAAUCAAUAGCACCUGAUCAUUUGCUCUGAAGGCUACUAGAAUUUUGUUUUUCUUCUGAGUAGCAAUUAGAUCAUGAAGAGCAGUUCUAGAUACUAGAUUGCCCUAAUAAGGUCUCAAAAACACAGAGCCACAAUGUGAAAACUAGACCAGGAAAGUGUAGACCAAAAAAAAGAAAAUGUGUUGUUUUUAUACUUUUGAAAGUGUGUUUUAUGGUUUACAAAAGUAUUGUUAUGAGGAAUAUAUCGAAGUUUCCUUAAUCUCGAGAAAGAAAAUUAUAUUCACCAUACAGAGUUAUUGCCAGUAUUUUAAUGUAAAGAUCUUCUGUUGAGAUUGUAAUCACAAGUCUUUUUCCUGAGAUUCAGAACUACCUUUGAUAACUUGCCAGUAAUGAGAAUUAUGCUGAGAAAAAGUUGCUUUUCUUCUCUUGAGAAUUAUACUUUCAUGUUUUCAUUUGCAAGUUUAGCACAUAUGGCUCUUUAUUUUCUCUCGACAGUAGUCAUUUGCAGUUAGAAUAUCUUAUCCUUAGAUGGACUGUAGUUACGCCAUUGAAUCAGUCUGAAGAAACAGACUCCCAUCGUAGUUAUGGUAGCAGUGAGCAUUAACAUUCAUUUCUAUUCACUACCAUUUUCAAAUAAAAUACAUUAUUCCUUAUUAAAGCAGGUAAAUAUUACACAAUGCUAUAAUGAAUCAAAUGAAUAUAGGGAAACUUAAAC